UUUUUUUGCUCUUAUGAUACAAUCAUUAACAUAUUUUAAUGUAAAAUAUAUUCAUUAUAUAUUUACGCUAAUUAGACAACCUUAAUUCAGUAAUGUAAUGUGAAAUUUAUGAAGAACUAACAAAUAUAUCAAUUUCGUAGUAUUUUCUGAAAUAUUUUCUUUUUAUUCUGUCAUACUAUUAUUCUCAAUUUUUGAGCUUUUUAUGUAAAAUACCGCGCUCUACCUCAACUCUCUUUAAUAAAAACAUGUGUUCAGGAAAAUAUCAAGUCUCCACUCCACUCCAUCGGUCGUUUGUAUUAUCAUCACAAAUAGUAAGAAACCGCAAUGGAAGAACCACAAAAUAAAAAGAAUGAAUGACAUGCAAACAAAGAAGAGUUGGAUUGGCUAAACCAGGCAUUUACUAAGCAUUUAACAUAAUGUGUAUACAUUUCAAUUGUUCUCAUUACAAUCAAGUGUUCGUUCGUCAUAGAGGAAAGUCAUGGCGAAAUUGUUGACCGAUAAAAGGGAAUCGAUACCCAAUCUUUCUGGAUUCUCCUCCACUGCUUCGUCUGUCGAUCAGCCCAUAGAAGAGGAUGAAAUUAGUGAAAUAAGUGACAAAUGUUGCAAUGAAACUAACGCGGCUGGUGCUAAGAAGGGAUCAUCAAAACAAUCCUCAAGUCCAUACAAGAUUACAAUAGAUGACCCAAAUGGUGCAAACAGCUAUGCUGGCAAUAAAAACAUAGCUGAGGGACUUAUGGACAUUUCCCUGUUGGCAGCCAACGCCAACCAGUUACGAUUUCUAAUCACCUACAAUCACGAUGCCUCCACAUACUACAUUAGCAUGGCUUUGGUGUCACUGUCGCUAAUAAUGCAAAUAACUGUUGGAAUAGCUUUGAUAUUUAAGCGUCGUUUCCGUAGAUGUCGAAAUAAACGUUACAAUGAGUUCAUAUUGGGCGGUGUGUUUGUCAUAACCGUGGUGAAUAUACUACUGGCUGCUUUCACAACUACAAAGAAUGAUGUGAAAUGAUUUAAAAUCCUACCUGCACGAUACAUAUAUAACACAGAGAAAUUAAAAUAAAAUUUUAUACAUUUUUAUUUGCGUAAUACAAAAAUAAAUCACUGUUACAAUCCCUAAUUACAAAACAAAA